GCCUCUUCUUUUCCCCCUAGGCUAAUUUACAUAUAAUAUCCUUAGAACGACCAAAACAAUGUGCCACAGGGACUAAUUAAAUUAAACAGCUUGUAAAAAUUGUAAUUAUCUUGGAAUUGUUGGAGUUGGUUAAAACACUUUUUAGAGGCCUUUUUAUUCCCAUCUCCGACCAUUCCACCAAAACCCAAACCAUUUUUGUUUCGCAAAAUCAUUCUACCAUGGCUACCUCAUCCUCGGUGGUCAGCAGUGUACCUCAGCAGCACCAAGUGUUCCUCAAUUUCCGUGGGGACGAACUUCGUAAUAAUUUCGUCAGCCAUCUGGAUAAGGCCUUAAGAGGGAAACAGAUCAAUGUCUUCAUAGAUGAGGCUGUGGAAAAAGGUGAAAAUCUAGAUAACCUUUUCAAGGAGAUCGAAAAAUCUAGAAUCGCGCUGGCUAUCAUUUCCCAAAAGUACACAGAGUCAAAAUGGUGCUUGAACGAGCUGGUUAAAAUGAAAGAACUCGAGGGCAAACUCGUGACGAUUCCCAUCUUCUACAAUGUGGAACCUGCUACGGUUAGGUAUCAGAAGGAAGCGUUUGGUGCUGCGCUCACAAAAACGCAGGAAAAUGAUAGUGAUGGCCAGAUGAAGAAAUGGAAAGAGGCUUUGACGUAUGUUAGUCUCCUGGUGGGCUUCCCGUUUAACAGUAAAAGCAAGGAGAAGGAGACCACGCUCAUCGAUAAAAUCGUCGACGCCGUUUUGCAAAAGCUGAGUAAAAUAUCGUCGGAAGAAAGCACAAGUGGAUCAGUGGAUCAAGGUCGGGGAGAAGAAGUAGAAGAAGCAAAGGCUGAUAAGAUUUCCGGGCUCAACCAGCGCCUAAAGGAACUGGAAGAAAAGGUAGCCAUUACGGGUGACAAGAGAGACGAGACUCGUAUUGUCGAAGUUGUUGGGAUGCCUGGCAUUGGUAAAUCCACUCUCUUGAAGGCCUUCUAUGAGACAUGGAAAACCAGGUUCUUGAGCAGCGCCUUACUCCAAAAUAUAAGCGAACUUGUAAAAGCAAUGGGAUUGGGACGCUUGACUGGGAUGCUCUUGAAGGAGUUGCUCCCAGAUGAAAACAUAGACGAGGAGACAUACGAACCAUACAAGGAGAAACUACUUAAAAACACAGUUUUCAUUGUUCUAGAUGGCAUAAGUGACGAGACACAUAUACAAAAACUUCUUAAGGAUCAUCGAAAAUGGGCUAAGAAAGGAAGCAAGAUUGUGAUUGCAAGACGCGCAGUGACUCGUGAUCUGCUUCAUGAGGAUUCAAUGGUCCGUUAUACUUAUUUUGUACCGCUGUUGAGCCAUCGAGAUGGGUUAAAUCACUUUUGUCACUAUGCGUUCCGUCAUUUUGCGGCCCACCAAAACAACAAGGAAGCUUUCAUGAAGGAGUCAAAAGAGUUUGUGCGUUACGCGAGAGGCCACCCACUAAUUCUCAAGCUAUUGGGUGAAGAGCUUCGUGAGAAAAGCCUCUCUUACUGGGAAGAGAAACUAAAAUCACUCCCAAAAAGUCUCAGCCAAAAUAUUCGAGACCGUGUCUUGCAGGUAACUUAUGAUGAACUGAGUCAAGUGCAAAAGGAUGCGUUUCUUGACAUAGCUUGUUUCAGAUCCCAUGAUUUGGUUUAUGUAAAGAGCUUACUGGAUUCAUCUGGUCCCGCCUUUUCUAAAGCGACAGUUACAAUAGACGCUCUCAAAGACAUGUUCAUGAUUUACAUUUCUGAUAGUCGAGUGGAGAUGCAUGAUCUUUUGUAUACGUUUGCCAUGGAACUUGGUCCAGAAGCCAGGGAUGACGAUGGAAGAGGGAGACACCGGAUAUGGCAUCAUCACAACCAAGAUAAUAAAGGCAGGCUCAAUAGGCUGCUAAAAAGACCAGGAGGCAGCACCAGUGUGAGAAGUUUUUUCCUCGAUAUGUAUGUCAUGAAGACGGACGUGACCUUAGGCACUGAUUACCUCAAGAACAUGCGAAAUCUCCGGUACCUCAAGUUUUACAGUUCUCAUUGUCCUCAGGAAUGUACGCCUAAGGAAAACAUACACAUCCCUGGAGAACUUGAGCUUCCACUUGAAGAGGUCCGAUGUUUGCAUUGGCUAAAUUUCCCCAAAGAUGAACUUCCACAAGAUUUCAUCCCCAAGAAUCUCGUAGAUCUUAAGCUCCCUUACAGUAAGAUUAGACAGAUUUGGAGAGAAGAGAAGGAUGCACCAAAACUAAGGUGGGUCGAUCUCAAUCACUCAAGUAAGUUGGAAAACUUGUCAGGGCUAUCACAGGCUCUAAAUCUUGAAAGAUUGAACCUUGAAGGUUGCACAGCACUGAAAACGUUGCUUCUGGGUCCGGAAAAUAUGGCAAGUCUUGUUUUCCUGAAUUUGAAAGGGUGCACGGGUCUUGAGUCUCUUCCCAAGAUUAAUUUGAGAUCUCUGAAGACUCUCAUCCUCAGCAACUGUUCAAACUUGGAGGAGUUUUGGGUGAUUUCAGAAACUUUAUAUACGCUAUAUUUGGAUGGCACUGCAAUAAAAACACUUCCUCAAGACAUGGUAAAGCUAACAAGCCUCGUCAAAUUAUACAUGAAAGACUGCGAGAUGCUCGUUAAGCUUCCCGAAGAAUUUGACAAGCUGAAAGUUCUGCAAGAACUAGUAUGCUCUGGUUGUAAAAGACUCAGUAGUCUCCCAGAUGUGAUGAAGAACAUGCAAUGCUUGCAGAUUUUACUGCUUGAUGGAACAGCAAUAACAAAGAUUCCUCAUAUAUCCUCACUUGAGCGUCUAUGCUUAAGCAGAAACGAGAAGAUCAGUUGUCUUUCGAAUGAUAUUCGUCUGCUUUCUCAACUGAAAUGGCUGGACUUGAAGUACUGUACGAAACUUGUGUCUAUUCCAGAGCUUCCAACAAAUCUUCAGUGCUUAGAUGCAAACGGAUGUGAAUCAUUAACAACAGUUGCGAAUCCACUGGCUACUCAUUUGCCAACGGAGCAGAUUCAUUCCACAUUCAUUUUCACAAACUGCGACAAAUUAGACCGUACUGCAAAGGAGGUAAUCACAACCUAUGCUCAAAGGAAAUGUCAAAUGCUAUCAGAUGCACUAAAACGCUGGAAUGAGGGUUUUGUUCCAGAGGCUUUGUUCAGCACUUGCUUCCCUGGGUGUGAAGUACCUUCAUGGUUUUGUCAUGAAGCAGUUGGAUCCGUCUUAAAGCUCAACCUGCUCCCACAUUGGAACGAAAAUAGGUUUGUCGGAAUAGCUUUAUGUGCUGUUGUGGGAUCCUUACCAAAUUGCCAAGAACAAACCAACUCUUGUUCAGUGACAUGCACGUUUAACAUAGCAAGUAAAGAUUCCAAGAAAGGGGAUCCUUACAAAAUCUCCUUUGAUCGACUGGUUGGGCGUUGGAACAAACAUGGCAACAAACUAGACAAGAAAGGCAACAAACUAAAGAAGACGGAAUCAGAUCAUGUCUUUAUCUGCUAUACCAGAUGCUCAAACAGCAUAAAAUGUCUUCAAGACCAGCACUCAGGUACAUGUACUCCAACCGAAGCUUUCCUUGAAUUUGGUGUGACAGAUAAGGAAUCUCGACUCGAGGUGCUCAAGUGUGGGUUAAGAUUGGUAUAUGCAUCUGAUGAACCCCAGAAGACAAACUCAGAUAUGGAUCUUUCAUUAUCAUCAUCUGAUUCAACUCCGACAAGGAACGGCAGUUCCAACACUACUACAUCUAGUGGAAGUGUAUCUACCAAUACCAUUAGAGAAGAAGAUUCCAAUAUCUUACAUGAAGCACAAUCUCAAAAUGGGAGAGGACUUUGACAUCCAGAAUUAAUCAACUGAGUCGUCGUCUUUUCACUCUCUUUUGUGUUUGGCUAUGUCUUAUAAAACCCUCCAUAAUGUAUUUCUCUAUGUACAACACGAUUUAGAUUUGCGAGGACGUACGUACCUUACUUUAAUCACUGCAUUGAACGAGACCAAUCGCAAAUGCUGGGGCUGGGAGGGUAAUGAUGA